UGGAAAUACUUCACUUGAAGUCACGCAGCUAACGGUUAUUUAGAUGCUACAUCCUGAAUAAUCUUGUUUUACUGACAAAACAGCAUCGAAAGUGUUCUGUUUUAUAAAAACGGAAACGGUGUGGGAGUAUUUCUAACAACUUGACAGCUUGCAGACCAGCAACAGAAAACGAGACGCAGAGCGCAGCUUAAGUCAGUCUUUCACAUUCCUGCGCACUUUACCAGACAGGAAAAAACACAAUAUUUGAUAUUUUUGACGAUGGAUUUCUCAGAGGAAUUGAAACCUGUGUGCGAGGAGCCAGGCGCCCAGACUGAGCUGAAAAAGGGAAUGUCCAUUUUCAUUGAUAUUUUGCGGCGAGCGGAUAAAAACGACGACGGCAAGCUGUCCUUUGACGAGUUCAAGGCCUACUUUUCGGAUGGUGUCCUGACGUCGGAUGAACUGAAGGAACUCUUCCACGCUAUCGACAGCCACCACACUGACAACGUGGACACAGAUGAACUGUGUGAGUACUUCUCGCAGCACCUGGGGGAGUACAAGAAUGUCCUGGCCGCCCUGGAAGCCCUCAACAUGUCCAUCCUGAAGGCCAUGGACAAGACCAAGAAGGAUUAUCAAGAGUCCACCCACCUGGAGCAGUUUGUGACCCGUUUCCUGCUGAAGGAGACGACCAAUCAGCUGCACUCACUCCAGGGCUCACUGGAAUGCGCCGCCGAGACCACCGCCGAGCAGACUCGCAGAGAAAAACACGGUCUGGCUAAACCCGAGGUUCUGUCCAUCCAGUUGUUGGGUCGCAGGUCCAACCGGAGGCUCCAGAGGAACAAUAGCCUCUCCCCCAACAAUCCCAUCAUGGGCCUCGUUAACUCGGGUGCGUACGACGAGGAGAGCCAGUGGACGGUUCAAGUGAACAGGCUACAGAAGCUCAUCGAUCGCCUGGAACAGAAGGAGAUCCGCCUGGAACCCGUCGAAGACGACGUACCAGAGAGCAAGCUGCACAUCCUGAUCGUGCAGAGACAGCUGUCUGUGCUGGAGGACGAGCUGGAGGAGUUUCGCCUGGCGCUCAGACACUACAUGGACUCUGCCAGCGCCCAGACCGGAUGUCUACACGUGGCGCUUCAGCGGCUGGCUAACGAGUCGCGCUUCAUCCUCUACGAAUUCUGGGAGCACAACAGCGUGUGGAAGAAUCACCUGCAGAGCAACUCCAGCAAAACUUUCCAGAGGGCCAACGUGGACUUCCUGGAGACCCCCGAGACUGUCACCACCAUGCUGCUCCCGGCUUCAUGGUGGGUCCUCAACAACAACUGAGAGCAGCAUGUCGCCCAUACUUGGUGCGCAAACACAUGCGCACACACACACGCACACACGCACGCGCGCGCACGCGCACGCACACACACACAGACACACACACACACACACACACACACACACACACACACACACACACACACACACACACACACACACACACACACACACACACACACACACACACACACACACACAUCAUAACCCUUAAUAGAGCUGAUUACUUCCAUGUUUCUUCUUUGUAUCAAUACAAAGUACAAAAUACACACACACACACGAGCAAGUUGCCAGUGUGUGUGCGUAUUCAUCAAUGUGAUGUCAUCGUUGCGCUUGCAUUUCAGAGAUUGUAGCAACAGCACAUGCUUGUUUAAAUGUAGGAAAUGAAUUAAUUCCUACACGAGUCGUUUGUGCAUAGUCAACGUUGCUAAAAGCUUCAAACACGUGAAAUAAAAGAAAUGUUGUGUAGCUCAUGUGUUUCUU